AUGGAAGAAAUAAUUGCUAACAACAAUAAAAUAAUUGUAUUAUUAUUAGAGGAGGAGGAAGAAGAAGAUAAUAGGUAUAAUCCGUUGUUAACUAGUAAAAAAAGAAGUUCAAUUAACAAAUUGUUUAAAACCAGAGAAGAUGAAGGUUUUUUUGAAGUGCUCAUAAAAGGACAUUUAAAUGAUAAUAAAAAAAAGUUUCGUGAUUUUUUUCGCUUAAAUUAUGAUCAAUUUAUUUAUAUACUAUCAUUAAUUAAGGACGACAUAUCAUUACCUCCAUCCAAUCGCGUGAAAAAACCAAUUACGCCUGAUGAAAAACUAGCCGUUACUUUAAGGUAUCUUGCAACAGGAGAAUCGUUCAGAUCACUGUCAUUUGCAUUUAGAAUUUCGCACAGUUAUAUCAGUUUAAUAAUAAAAAUCACUCUGUCAGCUUUAAAGAAGCAUUUAACGCCUAUAUUUCUUCCUGAUAUAACAACAGUAGAUUUCAAUGUUAAAGCUUCUGAAUUUUGGACCAAAUGGAACUUUCCAAAUUGUAUUUUAGCCAUUGAUGGGAAACAUGUUCGAGUAAGAAGUCGGUCAGAGAUUCAUAAUUUGCAUUCAUAUCAAAUUUUUUUUUCUAUUGUUUGGUACAUGAGAUGUAAUUAUAAAUUAUAUAAAUUAUAAACUUUAUACUACAACGGCAUAACAUAAAGAAAUAGGUAUCAAUAAAAAAAUUAAAACAAAAAUUAUUUUUUAU